AUGCAAUCUCUGCGGCAGCCGCUCACUCGUGCUCUGCGUUCUUCUCCUCUCACCAAGUCUGCCUCCGCCGCAUAUGCCUCCGCAGCGGCCGCACCGACAGGCUACGCCGCAACCAAUGUGAACCUGCGAGUCGACGACAAGACCAAAGUCAUCUUCCAGGGGUUCACCGGCAGACAAGGCUCGUUUCACGCGCACCAAGCGAUCGAGUAUGGCACGAACGUCGUCGGCGGCACGAACCCAAAGAAGGCUGGGACGGAGCACCUCGGCAAGCCUGUGUUCGCAUCUGUGGCCGAUGCAGUGAAGGAGACGGGAGCAGACGCAAGCGCGAUAUUCGUGCCACCCCCGCUUGCAGCAGCUGGUAUUGAAGAGGCGAUCAAAGCAGAGAUUGGGCUUAUUGUCUGCAUAACGGAGGGGAUUCCGCAGCAUGACAUGGUCCGGAUCACCGACAUUCUCAAGACGCAGAACAAGACAAGACUGGUAGGGCCGAACUGUCCUGGUAUCAUUGCUCCGGGCCAAUGCAAGAUCGGCAUUAUGCCUGGCUUCAUCCACAAGCGAGGCCGUGUCGGAAUCGUCUCCCGGUCUGGAACUCUCACUUACGAGGCUGUCAACCAGACAACACAAACUGGACUCGGACAAUCUCUUGUUGUUGGCAUCGGUGGUGAUCCUUUCAGCGGAACAAACUUCAUCGACUGCCUGAGGGUGUUCCUGAAUGACAAGGAGACUGACGGCAUUAUCAUGAUCGGGGAGAUUGGUGGCAGCGCAGAGGAGGACGCAGCAGACUUCUUGAAGGAGGCCAACACGGCGAACAAGCCGGUCGUGAGCUUUAUCGCCGGUAUCAGCGCGCCUCCAGGACGGAGAAUGGGUCACGCUGGUGCUAUUGUGAGCGGUGGCAAGGGUGGCGCGGACUCGAAGAUCAGUGCGUUAGAAGGAGCCGGCGUGGUUGUCGAGAAGAGCCCUGCGAAGCUUGGAGCGACUCUCAGGGAGGAGUUUGUGAAGAGGGACUUGCUGUAG